UUCAUUUUUUCUUCGUAAUGCAAUCAACGGCUAUGGCUGUAUAUCUUUCCUGUAUUGGCUAUAUUAAUAACUAUUAUCGUCGUUAAAUGUCAAAAUUUAGUGUUCUGUUCGCUGCUAAUGUAACGUUUAUGGUGUAAUUAGUUCAAAUUUACAUUCAGUCGUUGAAAUCAUCGCUCUAAAAAGUGAAAUUCGGUUGUUUUAGAAUUGAUAAAACGUGUUGGAAAUGGCGACAAGUAUUUCCUUUCAGAUUGGUCAUCUUUUGGAAAAGAUGACCUCGAACGAUAAAGAUUUUAGAUUUAUGGCAACUAAUGAUUUGAUGGCCGAGUUGCAAAAAGACAGUAUCAAAUUGGAUGACGAUUCUGAGCGAAAAAUCAUCAAAAUGCUGUUGAAAUUGUUAGAGGAUAAGAAUGGCGAAGUACAGAAUUUAGCGGUAAAAUGUUUGGGACCGUUGGUGAAGAAAGUGAAGGAGUUUCAAAUAGAAGUGGUGGUGAGUGCGUUGUGCGCGAAUAUGGCAUCAGAAAACGAACAGCUCCGCGAUAUAUCCAGCAUCGGUUUGAAAACUGUUAUAAACGAGCUUCCGUUAACGUCCAACUCGUUAGUUGAAGCAGUCUGUAAAAAUAUCACUCAGAGAAUUAGUUCGGUUAUUUUGAAGCAAGAAGAUAUCUCCGUACAGUUGGAAGCGUUAGAUAUAUUAGCGGAUUUGUUGCCGAGAUUUGGCGCAAACUUAUCAUCUUACCACAGCGAAAUAUUACAGUCGUUGUUACCUCAGUUGUCUUCGUCUAGACAAGCAGUUCGUAAAAGAGCGAUCGUAGCUAUGAGUCAUUUUGUUGUUCCGUGUAAUCAUAGUCUGUAUGUAAAACUGAUAGAGCAUCUUUCAACCGGAUUAGAGCAAAACACCUCUACAACGUCUAUCUGCACCUAUAUUCAGUCCAUCGCUGCCAUAUGUCGUACAGCUGGUCAUCGUUUCGGAGAGCACUUGGAUAGAUUUUUCCCUUUAAUUCAGAAAUACAGUAAGGAAGAUGACGACGAAUUGCGUGAAUUUUGUUUACAAGCUUUCGAAGCGUUCGUACAACGUUGUCCGAGAGAAAUCACUCCGUAUAUUCCUACGAUAACGGAACUGUGUUUGAUGUAUAUAACUUACGAUCCGAAUUAUAACUACGACGACGGCGAUGUUGAUAAUCUGAUGGAAACUGAUGAAGAAAAAACUGUCGAGGAAGAGGACGAGGAUGACGAGUAUUCGGACGAUGAUGAUAUGAGUUGGAAAGUGCGAAGAGCGGCCGCCAAAUGUUUGGAGUCUGUAAUUGCUACUAGACGAGAACUGAUCACGGAAUUUUACAAGAACGUUUCAGCACAACUGAUUGCUCGUUUUAAAGAACGAGAAGAAAAUGUCAAAAGCGAUAUCUUUCACGCUUACAUUACUUUAUUGAAACAAACCAAACCUUCGUUUUCAUCGGGUAUCGAUAACGACUCGAUGGAAGAAGAAGAAACGCCCAUUUCGUUGUUACAAGCUCAAGUACCUACGAUUGUGAAAGCUGUCCACAUUCAAUUACGCGAAAGAAGCAUAAAAACUCGUCAAGACUGUUUAGCUUUACUUCGAGAAUUGAUCAACGUUUUACCGGCUGCACUUUCGAUGCACGUGCCAGCGCUUAUUCCCGGCAUUCAAUAUUCGCUCGGAGAUAAGAAUUCGAAUAGUAAUAUGAAAAUCAACACGUUGUCAUUCGUUCAUUGUCUAUUUUGUUCGCAUCCGGCGGAAGUUUUUCACACUCACAUGGCUGUUUUAGUACCUCCAAUUACCGCAGCGGUUGGCGAUAAUUUUUAUAAAAUUGCGGCUGAGGCGUUACUUUGUCUAGAACAGCUGGUAAAAGUGAUCAGACCCUUGGAUACGUUGAGCAGUUUCAAUUUCGCGCCGUAUACUAGUAAAAUAUACGACUGCACUUUGAUGCGUCUGAAAACUGCGGAUAUCGAUCAGGAAGUUAAAGAACGGGCUAUUUCAUGUAUGGGACAAAUCAUAUGUAAUCUCGGAGACUAUUUACAGGGUGAAUUGGUGGUAUGUUUGCCGAUAUUUUUAGACAGAUUGAAAAACGAAAUUACCAGACUCACGACGGUGAAAGCUUUAACGAAGAUCGCCGCUUCACCAUUGCGUAUCGAUUUGAGGCCAAUUAUGAACGAAGCUGUUCCUAUUUUGGGCACAUUUUUACGUAAAAAUCACCGCGCUUUGAAAUUAAGUACGUUAACGCUGCUGGAUACGUUGGUGAAUAAUUAUAGCGGUUCGUUGAACAUCGCUUUGUUGAAUACGGUCAUGGUGGAACUGCCUCCUUUGAUUAGCGAUACCGAUUUCCAUAUCGCGCAAUUGACGCUCGUUUUACUCACUUCGAUUGCGAAAUUGCAGCCUUUAGCUUUGAGCUCAUCCAGCGUAUUACCGGAAAUAAUCAAUCUGGCUAAAUCGCCGCUAUUACAAGGAGGCGCUUUAUCGUCCAUGUUGGCAUUUUUCCAAGCAUUAGUGAACGCCGAUUUGGCAGGAUUGGGAUUCAAUGGAUUACUCGCAAUGUUGGUGGCGCCCAUUGUUAACAAAAGUCCGGACGCUAGUUCGCCCAUUUUGCAUAAACAGGCAUUUAAUUCGUUGGCCAAGUGUGUAGCCGCCAUCACAGUCACGCAGAAACAAAACGCUGUUCCGGUGGUGGAAAAAUUCCUGAGCGAAGUGCGUGUUUUCAAAGGCGACGAGCCAGCUAAAAACGAAGUUCACAAACACGACGAACAAAGCAUAUUUUCUCUUCGAGUCGUCGGUGAAAUCGGUAGACAUAUCGAUUUACACGACGUGGAUAAUUUGAAAAACGUAAUUCUCAUGGCGCUGUCGAGCUCUUCGGAGGAAUUGAAAUCAUCGGCGAGUUACGCGUUAGGCGGCGUUGCCAUCGGUAACCUUCAGCAGUAUCUUCCAUUCAUCUUGAACGAAAUCGAAUCGCAGCCGAAACGUCAGUAUUUGCUACUGCAUUCGUUGAAAGAGGUCAUCAGCUGUCAGUCGUGUUCGGAAAGCGGAGUGCAACAAUUACAGCCAUUCGUGCCGGCGAUUUGGCGUCAGUUGUUCAGACAUUGCGAAUGCAGCGAAGAAGGUACUAGAAACGUGGUAGCCGAGUGUCUUGGAAAAUUGACCUUGAUAAAUCCGUCGUCGUUGCUACCCGAAUUGAAAGAGUCGCUUAAUUCGGACUCGGCGUUGAUGAGGACGACCGUUCUCACCGCAGUCAAGUUCACUAUUUGCGAUCAGCCGCAAGCGAUAGAUCCGUUGUUGAAACAAAACAUCGGUCAUUUCUUGAAAUCGUUGGAAGAUCCCGAUAUGAACGUGAGACGCGUGGCGUUGGUCGCUUUCAAUUCAGCCGCACACAACAAACCGUCUUUGGUGCGCGAUUUAUUAGACCAAAUACUACCGAAAUUGUACGCCGAAACGAACGUUAAAAAAGAACUAAUUCGCGAAGUCGAAAUGGGUCCGUUUAAACACAAAGUGGACGACGGUUUGGAUAUCAGAAAAGCCGCCUUCGAAUGCAUGUAUACGUUGUUGGAUUCGUGUCUCGAUCGUUUGGAUAUUUUCGAAUUCCUCAACCAUUUGGAAAUGGGCCUGAAGGAUCAUUACGAUAUUAAAAUGCUCACCUAUCUGAUGGUAACCAGACUAGCUCAGUUGGCAUCAUCCGCAGUACUGCAACGCUUGGAAAGGUUGGUCGAGCCGUUGAAGUACACUUGUACGUUGAAAGUCAGAGCCAAUUCGGUGAAGCAAGAAUUUGAAAAACAAGACGAACUGAAACGAUCUGCUCUUCGAGCGGUAUCAGCUCUGCUGACCAUACCGGAUGCCGGUAAAAAUCCUCACCUCAACGAAUUCGUCAUGAACAUCAAAAGUUCGCCCGAUUUGAAUGCCAUAUUCGAGUCGAUACAGAAAGAUUCUAUGAUCUCCGGCUUAGAACAUCAAACUUCCAUGGAUAUCAGUUAAAAAAGUUCGCGUCGUUACGCCACCUUCGUCUACGUUUUCUUGUAGCUAUUUUUCUUCGUAUUUGUAUUUUUCAUGUACUAUAUAGUUGUACAAUGUUUUGUAAAUUAUUCUAUUCCUAUGUUUUUUUGUUUGUUUGUUUUUUUCAUCUCGCAACGUACAUCAUUUAUCGGGUACUUGUCGCAAUUGGGAUUAUUGUAUUACAACUUAAAGCUUCAUUCUGAUAUCCUAACCAGUGUGCAUAUUGCCAACAAAUUUUACUCAGCCGAGCAAAUUGUUUCCAUUCGAAGCAAUAAUUAUAACUAUCGAAAACAGUAAUCAGUUUCCGCUUAUGCCGAUCAACAUAAAUACUUACUUAUUCAACGAAUGAAUCGGCUAUCUUGGAUGUUGUUUUGAAACUCUCCUUUUCCCCUGUACCAUUUUAUUUUAUUUUAUUUUAUUUCCAAUUUUUUAUUUUCAUUCUUCAUAUUUUAGGUAUUUGUUUUUCUUGUCUGAUAAUGUAGAUUUAUUAUCUGAAAAUUCGGGGCCGCCAAGUGAUUUUCUUUUUGUACUCUGUCCUUUGUCGUGUAGCGAAUGAUUGAAUUAAAUUAUUACAAAUGUACGAAA